CAACAACAGGAGCUGCUUCGGACUGGGUGACAAGAGCAUUCUGUUUCCCCAUUCAGGAUUAAGCAUUGGAACAAAAGUGGAAUAUUGAAACAUAAAUAUAAGGCAUCAUCUGAUAAACUUUCUGAAGUGAUAGAGAGUGAAGAAGAGGAGGAGAGAGAGGAGCUGGAAGCAGAAGAUGCCACGCUGGUCGAUACAUGUACCAUGAGGAGCACAGGAGAGCUACGCUAAAGACAGACGGGAGAAAACAGUUCACCUGGACACAUUUCACAGGUCACAUUGAGCCCAUGCGGUGGUCCAUGCUAGCCCUGCUGCUCUUGUUCUGCAGCCAGAUGUUUGCCCAGUGCCCAGGUGACAUCUGUCCACAAAACACCGACCACGGACAGCAUGAUGUCACGGCCAACCCUGUGCCGACUGUGGAUCCUAAACUCUUCAACAAGAGACGGUACCGCUCACCCCACGUUCUGUUCAGCGAACAACCCCCCGACUCAGAGCCCGCUGGGCACCAGACGAGGAGCAGAGCGAAGAGAAAAGCAGGAGCACCUCAACACCGCGGAGUUUACUCCGUCUGCGAGAGCGUUAGCACUUGGGAGGGAAAUAAAACCAAAGCUACAGACAUCUCGGGCAACGAGGUCACCGUCUUGCCCGACGUAAUCAUCAACAAUUCCAAGAAAAAGCAGUACUUUUUUGAGACGACGUGCAGCAGCGGGCGAACCGGAGGAUCCGGGUGUUUGGGAAUCGAUGCACGCCAUUGGAACUCGUACUGUACCAAUUCACACACGUUUGUGCGAGCGCUGACUUCAUUCAAGAACCUGGUGGCGUGGAGACUCAUAAGGAUCGAUGUAGCUUGUGUGUGUGUGCUGAGUCGAAAGUCUUGGAGACAGUAACAAACUGGCUGCUUUUCAACACGCCAGCGCCGGCCUUAUGAUAUCAAACUCAUAAUCCUCUAUGUGAUGGUGGACAUUUUCCUUGUGCAAACCAUUAAUGACAACUUCUGACAUAAAACAGACCAUCUAAGGAGGAUAAAUAUGAUGUGUUUUUGUCAUAGGACACUACAAUGGACUUUUUUCAGUUAUUUUUUAUGCAUUUCUGUCUUAAGAUAAUUGUUUUCAUUUGCAGCAUUACGAGAACAUGUACAUACAUUGUUGUGUGUGGUAAUUGUUAUUUAUUAA